UCAACCGACAGGAAUUUUCCACUCGGUGCCAUUGAGCCCGGCUCCUCAAAAUCCAUUUCCCUGCGUUUCCAGCGUCAUUCCGACCCUUUCCUAAAUGUUUUCCGUAUUGCGGCUGGAGAAAAUGAACCCGGAUGGACGAGAAGUGUGAAGGAAUGUGUUUGAGCCAUUUAAUUACAUCUACAUUCUGCAAAUCACUUGCUAUUUCUCCCACGGCCUGUGGAAUAAAACACAGCAGAAGAUGCCAGGGCAGGAUGAAGCUGCUGGGUGCUGUGCUGCUGGGUGCUGUGCUGCUCAGCUCCCCUGCCCAGCUCUCCAAGCCCGAAGAGCAGCCACAGGUCUGUUACUUCGACGUGCUCAGCGGCAGGGACAGCAGGUUCUGCAGGGGGGAAUUACAAGUCAUCUACCCAGAUGUGGGUGAUGUGAGCUGCAUAUACAUGCCCAAGUGCCACCAGUACCGGUGGCGGAUCAUCAGGGACUGGAUGAGACCCCGCGUUCGCUUCCCCCAGGCUGACGAGAACAAGAAGUACGUGCUGGUGCUUGCCGACCCCGACACUCCCAGCAGAGAAAAGCCCUGGAACCAGUACUGGAGGCACUGGCUGGUCGCUGACAUCCCAGUUGGAAAGCUCGGAGCAGGACGAGCCGGGGUAGGAGCGAUCCUCCCUUUGGCGAAACCCAAAGUUUGCACCUUCCCCUGCGAGGAGGCGGUAGAACAGAUCCCGCUCCAGCUGCAAUUAGCAUCUUAUUCCUUUAUUCCUUGUUCAAGCCUCCACUCCGCUUGCAAGAGGCCGGUUUGCCAUCCCGCCGGCUCUGCCUUUCCUGGGAUGCUCCCGAGAGACGAUUCCGAAAUCCUGACCUCGUUCCAAAGAUCACAGAAAGCCAGAAUAACGACUCGGGGCUGCUUUGAAGCCUUUUCUCCCUCUCUUCAAGCUGUGAGCAGCGCAGAUUGUCUGGGGAUUAAUUUCCCCGCGUGGCUAAUUGUUGGUUAAUCACAUCACCUCCCCACGGGACACGGUCCCCAUCACCCAGAUGGGGUCCCCAGGGCUGGGAUGGGACACGCUCCCGGCGCAGUGACAGCAGCCCAGCCCUGGGUCCCAUCGUCAUCUGUUUGUCCUGGUCCCCUGCCAGCGAUUGUGCCGAUUCCCACACCCACUUUUCCAUUGCCCUCCGUCCGUCCUCGCCUGGGCGAAUCGCUGGCGCUUCUCGCCACCCAACCCUUCUUUUCUUUAUUAUUAUUAUUAUUAUUGUUUUUUCCCCUCCUCUCCGAUGGGAUCAGACACGUUCGGGAGAGGGGGAAGAAAGGAAAAGAAGGCAAAGAAAAAAAAGAUCAAGAGAAAAACAAAAUUGUGACUCACUGCCUUCUUAAUUUAUUUGUAUUUAUUUAUUCCCCCCGCCCUACGCUGAGAUGCGCAACAGGCAACACUGAGGCUGUGAUCUACACGGAUGCUGUCCAGCUUGGCAAAGGGUGUUGGGAAUAAUGUUCUCCUCUCUUUUUGGCUGAGGAAAAGA